CUCUUCUAAAAUCUCAGGACGAUCUGUGAAAUCACGCAGAAGAACCUGGGACGACAACCCCGUCGGGCUCGAAGAUAUCAAGUUCGCGUUUCCGUACAUAGGCGGCUUAAAUCCGUUGCGUGACUAGCAUCUUACCUCCGCUAAGUCCUCACCCUGGGUGUUGUCCUAGGCCUCCGAUUACGCCUAAAUACUUCGGCUCGCGGCCUUCAUUACUUCUAAACUACCGAGCAGCUGUCAUGACUUUUUAUCACAUCAGUUAAUAUGACAUCGAAACGAUCUCAAAGCGUCCUGGUUCUGGGCGGUACCGGGAAAGUCGGCCGUCAGAUCACGAAGCUCUUCGCAACGACAUCUACCCCCACCUUCCAAGCCUCCCGGAGCGGAGCAGUCACCACGGAGCCGGACGCCGAAAACAUUAAGCCUAUCGCAUUCGACUGGGGGAACGAAGCGACAUGGACAGCCGCGUUAGACCUUGGUGCAACGAGUAUUUUCUUGGUUGCCCCACCAGUCAUGGACAUGCUUCCGCCGAUGCAGGCCUUCAUCGACCGAGCACGGCGACAGGGGCCUAUCAUCAGAUUUGUCCUGCUGAGUGGGAGCCUCACUGAGCCCGACAUUAACGGUUACGCAAUGGGCCGGCCGCAUGCGUACUUGAAGGAACUUGGCGAUACGGGUCAGGUGGAAUGGGCUGCGCUGAGGCCUACGUGGUUCCAACAAAACUUUGCGGAACAAGAUAAUCAUCGCCUAGCCAUUUUGAUCGAGAGCACGAUUUACUCUGCUACUGCGGAUGGAAAGCUUCCCUGGGUCGCAGCUGAGGAUAUUGCGGCCUGUGCAUUCCAGCUACUCACCCAAGAAGAUGCGCCAAAUGACGAGUAUCUCAUUUUCGGCCCUGAGCUGCUCGGCUACGAUGACAUUGCAGUCAUUCUCUCCGAAGAUCUCGGUCGAAAGAUUGUUCACAAACGGCUCUCAGUGCAGGGACUCGUAGAGCGUUAUGUCACUCAGGGCAUGCCUCGGGACUACGCGGAGAUGAUGGGUGGGCUGGACAUGGCCAUCAAGAACGGGAGUGAGGACCGGACGAACAGCGUUGUCCUUGCGCUGACUGGGAAGCAGCCAAGGAAGUUUCGCGACUUUGCUGAGAGAAACAAGGCAGUAUGGGCUCAAGAAACUUGAAAGCAUAUUCAACUCGUUCAAGUUUGGGGGCUUGGAGUGGUGUUUGCUCACUGAACUCAGGUGAAGGAUAAGGGCAUGCAGUGAAUGCGCCAGUGACGAUGUGACAUGCCUGCCGCUCUUGCUCGUACUACUUGGUCACCCCAUUAGACUCUCGUCCUUGGCGAGUGUUCCAUGUCGCCUGCUCAUAGCCUCAUACAAGAAAGGGCCCAGAAGGUGGGAAAGGUUUCGUUUUCAGUCAGCAAACGGCGCC